UUGCCGGCGGAAAUUUCUCGUUUAUCUGCAUUGAGAGUUUUAUCUGCUACGGGUAACCAGUUGAAAGAAUUGCCAGAAACAAUCCAAGAGCUUGAAAAUUUGCAGUGUCUUCACCUAAACGAAAAUUGUCUUCGUGAACUGCCUCUGUUCUUGUCAAAGCUUCGUCGCUUGGAAAUCGUGGAUGCCACGGGCAAUGGAAUCGACUCGUGGAAAAAAGGAUUUGGGGAGCAGUUAUUAGAAUUACGGCUGGAUGAGAAUAGAUUGUCGACUUUACCCAAGUCACUUAGUUGUAUGAAGAACCUCAAAGUGCUUGAGCUGGGAGAUAACAAUCUUACAAGUCUUCCAGAUGACAUUGGGUCAUUGAUGAAACUCGAGAUUUUGAAUUUGAGCCAAAACAACAUGACAGAGUUACCGGCAUCAAUAGGAGAUCUUCCCAGUUUAAAGAUACUUGAUUUAAGUGGCAACCAUAUUGAAGAUUUACCAGAAAGUUUCCAAUCAGCCGGGGUCAUUGAAAGCUUUUUCAUGGAGAAAAAUUAUGUCAAAACACUGCCGUCUUGGUGUGGAAGUUUGUGUAAUAUUGUGAACCUUGGAAUGGCCGACAAUCAGUUGGUAGGGAACCCCCUACCAGAUAACUUUGGAUCAGUAUCUGGAAAAUCAUUAAGAACUCUAGAUCUGUCAGGAAAUAACAUCUCACAAUUACCAGAUAGCGUGGGAGAAUUGAAGCAUCUUGAAAAGCUACAACUUGGGAGUACGAUUUGUGAACUGGAAAGAAGAGCAUUUCAGAAUGGAAAUUGGCUGCACAGUUUGCCUAACUCUUUUGGUUGGAUGAUUAACCUCCAAAAGCUGCAUUUAGAUGAAAACCUGCUUACUGAACUGCCAGAAAACUUUGGCUCCUUAGAGAAUUUAGAGUGGGCUGAUUUUGGACAAAACCGCUUACGAAAACUUCCUGAAUCUUUUUGCUCCCUCACCAGACUAUGGUUCUUGCAGCUGUCGCAAAACUUUUUGGAAAGACUUCCUGAAGAUUUUGGAAACCUGACAAAUCUUAUUGAGUUGAGAUUAAGCAACAAUUACCUGGCUGAACUCCCCAGUUCUUUUGCAAAUUUGACAAACCUGCAAACCUUAGAUUUGUUCCACAAUGAACUUACAAAGAUUCCCAAGCAGCUUUUGAAUCUCAAAAAGCUCUUAAGACUAGACUUGGACAAAAACCAAUUUAAAUUAAAAGCUGAAAAAGUACCCAAGUUAACAAAACAAGUGAAAUAUCCUUCUAGAGACCCAAAUCUCAAAAACAACUGGCGUGGAAAGACGAGGGAGGACUACGUUGAGCCAGAUGAAGAGAAGACUGUUCAGAUAUUAAAUGAGGUGGAUGAAGAAGAGGAGGAUUACCAGGAUGAUGACACGGAUGAAGAAGAGAUAACUUACAGUGAAGCAGCAUUGGAAUUUGCUAUGAAGAGAAGUUUGUCAAUAUGGAAAUCCCAUGAAGGUAGGAAUCCAUGUUCAUAAAAUGAUAGCAACCCGAUCUCAACCAGCAGGUGAAACACGUAAACCUUACUUUCUCCCUGUAAGUCCCUUAACGUCACUAAUUUCAACUUUUAAGUAUGCAAUAUUGUUAUUCUAAAUAUACUCUGUACUACCCAACACAUGGAAAACCAAGACGUGGUGGACAUAAAAUUCUAUUCCAUGAAUAUGCUGCAAAGCUAAUCAAUCCAGAAAAUCCCCCUGUCAUCGCUAAAUUUGUACUUUGGCACAGAACCACAAAGCUUGGAAGUUUAUGGAGGUUGACUGUUGGCACCACUGGGAACCCCUGUGAGUGCCUCAGUUGGGCAGAGAGAGAAUAAACUUUGUAGCAUUGCUCGUGAUUUAAAUUCAACGGCAAUUUCAAAAUAAAAUUAUGCAACACUAAAGAUGAUGGUUGUACUGUCAAAACGUGUCUGGUAAAUUAAGGAAAGAGUUGUUUUGUUUAUGUGGCUAUCUAUAUUGUUGCUGCUAUCUGGACCUGUUGAAAAUUAUAUCCUUUAGUUUAUAGAAAGAUGUCUGGAUUCAUCUCUCACAGUAGUCAUUUUUUCCUGACUGCUUAGCACUUAGUCCUUCACAGCUAAUGUAUGCCAUCCUCUCGUGAUACCAGCAUUUAGCAGCCAAAUCAAUGGUGACCAAUAUCUAAUUGACUUGUUGUUGUUGUUGACUAUUGUGGUACAAACAAUAAACAAAGCAAAUUUUCAUUCUCAACCUUGUGAGUGACAACUGUCAACAUGUCAGUUAUUUUUAUGCUACAAAUACUAUUAUGAUAAGCAUUGUUAUCAGUGUCAUUGCAGUUACUUAAUAUAGGUGAUUUCCUGGCACCUUCAUGCAAAUUCAACGCAAGAUGUAAAUUAUACAAAAUGGGAGCUUACCACCCCUGUUGUCACGAAUAUUUACUUAUCUUUGCAAAUUUCAGCUCACCCAUUGAUCAAUUGUAAUUAAAACAUGCUAAUGUGAUGGUUUGCUUCACUAGCCCUAGAACAUUGAACAGCAGUAUUGUCUUCCUUGAAAUUAAGACAAACUUGGUCUGUGCUUUGCAACCUGAAUGCAAUCUUUUUCAAUAUCCUUGAGUUCUGCCCACCCAUGCUCCUUUUUGGCUUUUCUUUAUUACUCUUCUGUCCUCCUACACUUAAAAAAAGGUUGAUACUACUGUCAAUUCUGUGGAUUUGGUAAGUGCUGAGAGUAAUUGUCUAAAAAAGCACAACCUUAUAGUUGCUUUGAUAUUGAUUAUUUUAUUUUUAGAAGUUGUUACAGAUUUGUUUUCUUCUUAGGUCCAGAUGAAAGGAAAGUGAAAAACAGGAAUCAAAUCACAAACACAUCAAUUCCAUCCUUCACAACUUAUCAAUCAACAUCAUCUCAGAAAAGAGAAGAAACUAUCAUGGAGUGCUCUAAAGGCUUUUACAGUGAAAUAUUUGAAGAUGCAGAUGUUUCUUUUCCCAAAGAAUCAAAUCUAAAGAAUUUGGAUACGAAGGAAAACCAUCCAGAUGUGACUGUAGGAUCUGUACCCCAGCAUGAUGAAAUAAGCUCAAAUUCAAACUUGGAUGUAACAGAAGACUGGGAUGAAGAAAUACAGGACUCCUUGGCGUACAAUGUUGUGCUGGAAACAUUUAAAGAAAGGAGCCGAAACAAGGUAUUUUUUCAAAACCAGCUGCAAAACUUGCUGUAUUCAUAUCCUCCAGCUUGUCAGGCAUUUACCAAGACUGCAAAUUAUGAAUCCGCUGUUUACUGCUCGCCUAUAUCAGCUGCCUGUUCCAUGCCAUUUUUGUGCCCAUCAAAUAAGGAUACUGCAGGGCAGUUUGAUGAUGCUGAUGAGGAUGAUUGA